GUUUUUUCUGUCAUCAUGAACACUUCUCUCUCUCCAAGUCCUGCAUCUCCAGAGUUCCAAAGAAAGAGAGAGGACUUCCCUGCUUCGCUUGGAAAACUACGGCAGCUGAUAGAAGACAAAGUUCACAUCCUACAAUCCCCCAUCACUGAGCAACAGGGUUUGGUGUGUGAGGAGAACACAGGUAGAGGACUGUGGAGGUUUGCCGUUUUGAGUGAGCAGCUGACCUUUCACCUCCAGCAACUGCAGAGACAGACAGAGCAGGAGCUCAGCAGCAUACACACACAAAUCUUGCAGAUUAAAGGCCGUCAACAGCUGCUGAACAGUGAGAUUCUUAAUCUUCAGGAGAAGAAGAAACAGACCGAACAAGAGUCAAAGAGAAACUCCAGCCUUCAGAGGUCCACUUUUCAGCUGUGUGCUUGUCGGGAGCUUCAGAGCGCCAUCACUGAGCAUUUGAUCCAAUCAGAGAGGCUGGUGUUCCAGGAGGAGGCACUGAGCGCACUCCAUAACCUGCUGACCCAAGACCUGCAGAGGUAUCAGGAAGAGACGCAGAGACUCACCUGUUUCACGCAGAAAAUACUCAGACAAUCCCACAGCUCAGACAGAGAGGAAACGUGCACCAGCAGAGAGAGAGACCGCAGCAUGCAGGGAAAGACCGAGACAGAACAAGAAAACAACAUGCACGCACCCGAGUCCUCUUCAUCCCAGUCACCACUUAGUCCUCAACAGACCGACAGGAAAGAAGAGGCAGAGCAGACCUCGAGAGCCAGUCACAAGAAACCAUCUCCAGGCCUGUCCGGCAGGUCAAACCUGCACCGAACCGGCAGCAUCAAGGAUCUGAUCAAUAAAUUCUCUGGUCAAGAUCACCCGCAGAGCCCCUACUCCGGAACAAGACAAGUCCGAAAGUCUGCUUCUGCAGAGGCCCUUGUGACUCCAAAAUCCAAGUCGAGUCAGUCCACACCAAGCAGCUUCGGACAAGACGAAAGUGCACUUCCCAGCAUCACUGUGACCCCUCCAUUAAGGGAAACCAGUCAGAACGGGACUGAAACAGCACAGAGAGGCACCAAAAUCAGUAAGAUCACUGCAAGAAUCGAUUGUCCAGUAGGAAGCAGCACUGAGAAGCCUAAUUCACAGCCAAGGAAGAAAACACAAAUCACAGACUCUGGUAGAGAGUCAGUGGCUGACUCUGGCAUGGGAUCGGAGUCUGAAUUUGAUUCAAACAAGCACCUAGACAGCCCGUCAGAGGAGGAGCCCACCACACCCCGAAUUAUGACGACCAGCCAGAACCCGAAAUAUCAGCUGUACCUCAGCAACGAGAUGAAGACCAACGGGGUGAGUGGCAGGGAUGCAGAUGGUCUAGGAGGCACCGGGUCAGUGGGGGAGAAUGGCCCCAAGCUGGCCCGAUGGGAGACCACCCGGCUGGGACUGAACCACUACAGGGGGUCCCUGGAGUCCCUGGCCUCACGGGACUGGGACAAUUCGUCUGACAGGUAUGGUGUGGUUGACAGCCCUCCAAGGGUGUUCAACAGUCCGUACAGCACGGCCACCUCCAUGGAAUACAACCCCAUGUACCGAAUGUCUGAGUUCAAGGUUCAGGGUGGAAUUUCUCCCACCACCUCAGAGAUGAACCUGUACAGCUACAACAGUCGGAGCUCCAGUCCAGUGGGCCUGCCCUCGCAAACACUCCUCUCCUCCCGCACCCGAUUCUCCACCUACGACUCUCUGAGGAGGAGGACCGAACUCAACAACACAGUGGUACCCACCCACUACAGCAUGCGCUCUGCCACUCUGCCCAAUAAAAAAGACUACAUAGAGGAGUUGACCAAACAGUUAGACGCCUGCCAGAAGCGUAACCAGUUCCUGGAGGCAGAGAGUGUGGAGAUGGAGAAGGAGAGGAACCAGAUAAGGUUUGAGAUGCGCGGCCUGCUUGUGAACAAAGAGGACCUGCUGAGGACCAACACUCAGUUUACCAACGAGAUAAAGAGGAUGAGAGAGCAGAUGAUAGAGAUGGAGAGAGAGAAGCAAUCCAUGGACGAGAGAUACAGAGAGAUGGAGAUGGAGGUGAAGACGGCCCGGGAAAUGAUGGUGGAAGCCAAUGCUCAGGAGUAUGCCUUCAAUUUUCUCCAGCAGUCCCUCCAAAACAAGAUCCAGGAUGCUGAGGAGAACCUGGAGAAGCAGACGCAGCAUGCCCAGACUCUGGCUGAGAAGUUGUGGCUAGCAGAGAGACAGCUGGAGGAGCUGGGGGUUGAUAAAGACACAAGAGACAAGAGGACGUCCAACCUCAACGACACCGUCAUCAGACUGGAGGCAGAGCUGGAGGAGGCCCUGCAGGCGUCCACGCAGGCAACAGCAGAGCUGAACCUGCAGCAGAAGCUGCGAGAGGACAGCCAGCUGAGGGAGGAAGAGCUUGAGGAGUCUCUGCUGGAGAAGGAGCAGGAGCUGCAGCGAUUGCAGGCCCUCGUCAGCAAACUGCAGGGGGAGGUCUCUGGUAAGCUGAUUGAUAAGGAGCGGACCCUGGAGGAAGAGAUCCAGCUGAGAGAGAGGGUACAGCUGCAGUGUAAGCAAGCAGAGAGGAAGGUGGACGACCUCCACAUGGAGCUGCACAGCACCAACCAGGCCAAAGAUGACCUGGUCAAACAACUUAAGCAGGCUCAGGAGAAGAUGAUUGACCUGGAGAGCGAUCUGGAGGAGCUGCAUGAGAGCGAGCAAAGAUGGGCCGCCAAACACAAGAGAGCUAUCGAACAGACUGAGCAGCUGCAGCUGAAGCUGAUUCAGCAGAAAGAUCUGAACGACCUACUGGAAACUGAUAAGGCCGCCAUGGAGAGACAGCUGCGUGAGCUGCGUCUGGAGGUGGAGGAGCUUCACAGUUCCAGAGUUCAGGAGGAUGUCAUCUCCAGGACGGAGAGCAGAGUCAAAGAGCUGGAGAACGCUCUGAGGACCGAGGAGAGGAACAAGUCAGUUCUGGCAAACACCAUCAGUAAACUGGAGAGGAAGAUCAACGAGCUGAGUGAUCAGAUGGAAGAGGAACACAGGAUAGCUACUGAACAGAAAGAACUGAUGAACCAGAGGAUCCGCUCUCUGAAGCGUCAGCUGAAUGAAGCAGAGGAGGAGGCGAGCAGGAAGGACACGCAGUACCGCCACACCCAGAGAGAGCUGGCAGAGGAGAGGGAGACGAGCGGCCGGCUGCAGAAGCAGCUGCUCGACCAACACAUGCAGACAAAGCGUAAGGAGACUCUGGCGAUUCGUCAGACUCUGGACAACCUGAAGUAUGACCUGAGUGACGAAGAUGACGAUCGGCUGCUGCAGCAACGACCAAACAACUUCACCAAAGUCUAAAUCAUCGCACUCCACAUUCUCUCAUUACAAAACAAGUGUGUAUAUGUACAUUUUUAAAAGCAUAAAACCGGCUACAUCUUUACACUAGGGUGUGUUGACGUGACAUGUUUUCAACCUGCCCUGCCACUUUAUCACAGUAGGCAGGAGGCAUCUGCAGGGUGCACAACACAAAGUCCAGUCUUCUAAGAAAAAAAAAAAAUAUGACCAAACCCACCAGGAUCUUGGUUCAAAUGUUUCUUCCCACUUUUCACAGAUCUUGUUAUUCCCUUAUAAUCUCCUAGAAGGUGAUCUGAAAAGAACAAUGCAGUCUGGUACUAAUUAUAGGGAAAAUAGAGAUUUUCUCUAUUUAAACUCAAGGCUAAAUUCAUUAUGCAUUUAUUAUUGGAAACUUAAUUUCAUAUGUUGAAUAGUAAGCCUGCUUGUCGACAAAUUUGGAUUGUUUGCAUGUUUAGCAGACCUCCUAUACACUGACUAAAAAAGUGCAAUGAAUUGAAAUGAAUUGGAAGUGUACCAAUUGAAGUCCAAGAAACGCCCUCUCCUGGUGACCAGCAUGAAUUUCAAAAGGUACCUACAUAACAAAUCACAGAGCUCUGUAGAGAGAUGCUCCUGGUAGAUGUACAGCAUCGCUGUCAGCGUGACAGACUCAACAGAUCGAAACACCUUUCAACAAUGAAGUCAUAUUCCCCUUUUCUCCUUUUCUAUUACACAGAAUAACAUGGUUUGCUUGUUUGCCAAAUAAAUUAAAUGUACAUGAGUUUGCUAUAGAGCGAUGUUGAUAUACAUAAAGGGAAAACUUAAUAGUGACAAUAAUGAGGUAACAAGGAUCCGCCUUGUAGUUUGUAAUCACUUCUUAUAGUUGCUACAACAGCUGGCGUCUGUUCAAAUGAGCUUUAAACAGCCAGAAGUAGAUUUUAGAGUGUCCAUUUUAUAUAUCAUGCAGUUUCACAAAAGCUUUAUGGCCUUAAAGUCUAAACGCACACUUUGAACUUUGAAAGAAAGCGCAAACUCAAAGAAUCACUGGUUCCUCCUAAAUUUGACAAGCUUUGACAAGUUUUUUAUUAUCAGAGUGAGCUUUGCUGACAGUUCUUUAAUAAGGAGGCAUCACAACACAUUCAUCUACAGUGUUUGUAAUAUGUCAGCAACCACUAUGGAAUAUGUUUAGAGUAAUGACACACAACAUGGUUUAACUGCGGAGCAGGGAUCUUUGGAUGUGCUUGUAGCAAAUGUUUUGAUUCACACAAUUACUAGAUUAUUUAUACUGAAACCUUUUUGUGUUUGUUGUUUUUAUGAUUUGCAGAUUACCAAAUUUUAUUUAGAGAAUGUAAUUUUGCAUGAUUUAUGUUUUUCAGGGGGUUUGCUCCCUAAAAAAAACUAGACACUUGGCGUUAAUCUGCUUCUUGUUAAAUGUAUUUUAUUCAAAUUCACUCAAACCAGACAAAAAAGGACAGCUGAGACGUUUUAGCUCUCAGAAGUAAAAUAAAUGUCUAAAUACAGUUCAGAUCCAAAAUAUGUGUUCAUGCAAAGUAUGGAAGAGGCAGACAAAAACAUGUCUGAUGUUCUGUAUGCUCAUAUUUUGGAGGAAAUAACUUUUUUGUUUUUCAAAAGAAAACUAAGUGCACAGACUGGAGCAAACACGGCUGGGUUGUUCAAAUAAUCUGUAGAAUAUUCACUGGUUUGAUUCUCAAAUAUUAACUAUGACCAAAGUUCAUCAAUACUUAAGGAAAUCUCACUUCCUUCUAUUGAUUGAGUUGUGAUUAAAUUGAACCCAGCCAUGUUACAACAUAUGCAGUUUGGAUUCUCUGUUUACAUUUGUUGGUGUAUUUUGCUUUUUUUGGAAACAAGAGCAUAAGGUUUUGUCCAUGAAAGAGUUUCCUAUUUCAGCUGUGCCACUGUGUAUUUUGGUUUAUCUUUUCUCAUAACAAAAGAAAGAGAUGGCGCCUACAUAUAUGUAAAAAGAAAUAGAAUACACUGACUUAUUUUUGUAACUACACAUUCUACUGGUUCUGCUGUUCUCGGGUAUUUAUUUUUGUUUUUCAUAUUCUCUCUUUUGGUGAGAAGUUCCUACAAUACGCAAAUAAAUUCUUCUAUAAUGUGAA